ACCGAUUUCCGAUAGAUCCGCACCGUCUGGAAAUGAAAGUAGACAAACAUUAUCAGAUGUCACAAUCUUUAAUACAUUUUUAUGUAUAAAAUAACUGUAUGGUGCCACAAUGGAUAGAUUAGAAUGGUCAGAUGGUUCGUUAAUGAGUGGAGAAUCCCACAUUGACCAGCAGAGAGGAGUUGGCAUUUAUGAUGGACAUGAUAAAACAUCAUUUGAUUUUGGAAUGCUUUCUGUUACAAGCCAUAGAUUGAUAUGGAGGGACCACAGAAAUCGAAAUUCAGUUAUUGCUCUUCCUUUAUCACUUGUGGUAUAUCUAGAAGAACAAGCAUCUGGUUUUGCAAAAAGUGCUAAAAUCAUAGUUCACCUGAAACCAGCGCCAACUAAUAAAGCUGCUGGACCAUCUACAUAUAGUGCUCACAGUUAUAUCAGACUGUCAUUUAGAGAGUCGGGAGAACGCGAGAUUUUGAGAAGCUUAAAUGAAGCUCUACAAGUCAGAAAAUGGGAACAAAAUAUACCAGUUAGUCAACCCAGUAGUCAGUUAUCAGCAAGACAUCGACCUGGUAUUGUUGGUAUAGAAAGAUCAAUACAACAGAAAAACACAAAUACAAAUAAAAAAAUAACUGUAGCAUUUGAAGAUCUGAGUAAACUCAUUGAUCAGGCAAAAGAAAUGGUAUCAUUAACUAAAACUAUUGCCACAAAAAUCAAAGAAAAACAAGGAGAUAUUACAGAAAAUGAGACAAGAAAGUUUAAAUCAUAUUUAUUAUCUAUGGGUAUACCAAAUCCUGUUACUAGAGAAACACAUGGUACUGGUGAUAAAUAUUAUACAGAACUAGCUAAACAAUUAGCUUCUGUUUUAACACAGCCAGUAGAGGAAUGUGGUGGAAUGAUGACAUUAACUGAUGUAUAUUGUAGAGUUAACAGAGCUCGGGGAAUGGAGUUAUUAUCACCAGAAGAUUUAUUACAUGCCUGUGAAUUAAUGGAAAUGUUACAUCUUCCUGUAAGAUUACGAACAUUUGAUAGUGGUGUAUUAGUUUUACAGUCACAGAGUCAAGAUGAAGAAAAAGUUAUUUCACAUACGACACAAUAUGUUGAAGAACAUGGUUUUAGUACAGCGGAAGAAUUAGCACAGUCUAUUGGUGUAUCUGUUUUAUUGGCUAAAGAAAGACUUCUGUUAACAGAAAAAGUUGGUGGAAUUUGUCGAGAUGAAACAGUUGAAGCUCUAAAGUUUUUUCCAAAUUUAUUUUUAACACAACCUGUAUAAAAAUAUGUAUUUAAAUUCAAGUCUGUUUUUGUUGUAAAAAUAUAAUGUAUUGAUAUGUUAUGUCGAUUAUAAAUGAAAUAGACUAACGAUGCCAUUUUUGGGCUGAAAUUUGAUACUUUACAAGUAUUUUAAAGAGACUUUUACACUUUUAAUUUCUUUGUUAUAAUCCGGUUGUACUGAUUUUCAAAUGUAUUUGAGAAUUGGAAUGCAUUUUUCUGCCUCUCUAUUUUGCUGAAUUAUUUGUAAGCAUGCAGACUUUGACUUCAUUGCAUCAUAAAUCUUUGAAGUUACUAGCUUACUGCAUACAUAUAGCAUCAAGUUUAAAAAGUGGCCAUACUUUUUAAAGGGACCAUCCCGAUUUUAACAGAGUCUCAGAAAUAAAAGUCUGCGUACAUAUGAAAUUUAAGCGUUGAAAUAUAGAGGAAUGGUGUAUUUACCUUGUCUAAAAAUUUCAGCUCAAAAUAUUGAGUCGUUUGGCCAUCAACAUCAAAACCGCUUAUCCGGACACAUAACCCUUUUAAGAUUUCAGGUCAAUUUUUUCGUUGGGUGACCUGAUAAUAAUCUAUUGCCGUUCCCUUAGAGGUCUUUACAGUGCAUGACCCACAUGCUGUACUUGAUAACGAAAGGUAAAUUUCGCCUGCAUGUUAUCUUUAUAAAAUAAAAGUCUGGUUUUAUCCAGACACGUAUAACACAGCUUGGGACACAGGUCUUCAUUUCCAGAUGAAAACUGACUGGUUUAAGUUGUUUGAAAAUGGAUUGUGUAUAUUGAGUUAAUUGCUUGGCCCUAAGGUAGAGGAUUUUAAGGGCUUUUAACACAAAAUUAAGCAGUUUUAUUCUCCAAAAUAUAAUCAAGAUUUAAAUCUCUCCUGUCUAAUUAUAAAUUUAUUUUAUAUUACUGGUAAUGAUUUGCUUUCCCAGUAGAAUGUUGAAGCAAUAAUGUUGGCAUACUAUAUGUAGAAAUGAAACUCUUAAUGUAAAUCAGUUUUAGUAUCGUGUCUUUAAUGCUAGGUACUGGCAGAUACGUUCACAUACGAUCAACACGAUUGCUACAACUGACCUCAAUAUAUGAUAAAACCUGAUAGGAUCACCAUGAUUAAAACCAUGAUUUCAAUCGUAGCGUGAAUCGUGAUAGUGGCAACCUAGAAUUAAGGAAAAUAACCGUUAAUUCUUAUUAAUGAAAGUUUGUUCUGUAUUUUUCUCAAUUAUACACUUGGUUUGUACAAAAGAACUGUUGCACAAAACUCUGAAUACCUGUAAAUCACACCUAGAGCUAUCAAUAUAAUAGCUACAGUAUUUGUGUAUUUUUAUUCCCUUUACAUCUAUUUGUCUGUUGUUUUUGUCAUACCUAAAGAAUAAAAGAAAUGAAAUGAGGUU